ACGCCCUUAGCAACAACACACACACACACACACACACACACACACACACAGCUGCGUCGAAUAAGAUUCUCCUGCCGCAGAGAAGACGGAUUAAACAGUGCCGCUUUUAUUGCACAGAGUACAGGUGAAGCUUUUCUGCGAAGGCGAUGCUCCGGUUAUUUCUGCAUUUAACAUGGGGCUACCGCUAACGAGCUAGCCUAUUUUGGCUAGCCAUCCCCAAAGACGAGCGAAGCGACCCCAAGCUGUCCCGAAGGAGGACAAUAUCGUGGGGGGUUCACCGAGUGGUAGCAUUGCAGCUUGCUAACUACAAAGUCAGCUAACCGGGAAUAAGCACGGGAAUGGUGCUCUGGAUCGACUCACUGUACCGACAGAGAAAGGCGAGGGGCACACGGGUCAGACCACCAAGCUGUAACAUUUGGACUCAAACUAUUUUUAACAGAGGGAGCGGCUGUCGGGCGGGCGAGUGUUUUUGUGGCUGUGCGAGCUAGCUGGCUAGCAAGCAAGGGAAACGACCCCCACCGCCUGCUCAGGUUUUUCAAACUGCAGCCAAGGCUCAAGGCUAAUGUUAGCCAGGGCGAGAGCAGCACGCUGAAUACACAACUCUGUGGUUUUAAUAAUAAAAGAAGGAUCAAUUACAGUUAAAGCCAAGACGAUAGCUAGCUAGCUAUCCCCAAGCACAAAUAACUUGAGUAAACGUUAACUUCGGAAGCACAACUCAAGGGCUCUUGGACUUAUUAGCAAACACUAACGUUACAGAUCCACGGCAAAGCCAUUAACGUUAAUGCUGUUCGUUAAGUUUGCUACGUGACUCUAGUUUGAAUCUUUGUUUUCCACUUUUUUUUUAUUCGGGAUUUUUUUUCGUCACUUCGGAUGCUGGCAUCACACAUUAAUUGCAAUCAUGAUGAUAAUAAGCCGAAAACCAGAGGGCCCAAUAGCAACAGCACGCCAUGGUGAUGGUCUUUAUGACUCGUACAUGAGGACGGACCACAUCCUUAAAGACGAAGCGGAUACAAACAGUCCGUCUGGGCUGCCCCCUAUGCCCAAACACACAGUUGUCAGUAACAAGGCUGUAAUGAGGGAUCAGGUAACUGUGCGAGGUGGCCAUCUGAAGGUCAAGUACCUGUACGAAGACUCCACCAACAACCGAAAGAUCAACGCCAUAACCACAGCAACCACUCAGAACAGUGGGACCACAGGUCAGACGCCCAGUAAACCUGCCCCGGUCUCCAGCCUCUCCAAGGAGCACAGUGUAGACAGCACUGAAUCCAGUAAGGGCUCCAGUGAAUCCUCCGGCCCUCACGGAGUUGGGAAUGGAGGGAACAGUGGGAAGCUGUGUGGCCCCCUCACUCCUGACCAAGCUCUGAGACUGUACCGAUCUCAGCUGACCAGCCUAGAGCAGACGGAGAUCCACUCCUACCCAGACAUCUACUUCGUGGGACCCAAUGCCAAGAAGAGGCCUGCCGUCGCUGGAGGCAACAAUAACUGUGGCUACGAUGAUGAGCAGGGUGGAUACAUUAAUGUCGCCCAUGAUCAUGUGGCUUACCGCUACGAGUUCCUCAAGAUCAUCGGUAAAGGUAGCUUUGGCCAGGUGGCUAAGGUAUACGACCACAAACUGCAGCAGCACCUGGCUCUGAAAAUGGUGCGCAACGAGAAGCGUUUUCACCGGCAGGCACAGGAGGAGAUCCGCAUCCUGGAGCACCUGCGCAAGCAGGACCGUAAUGGCACAAUGAAUGUUGUGCACAUGCUUGAAAACUUCACCUUCCGCAACCACAUCUGCAUGACCUUUGAGCUGCUGAGCAUGAACUUGUACGAGCUUAUCAAGCGCAACAAGUUCCAGGGCUUCAGUCUGCCACUGGUCAGGAAGUUUGCCCACUCCAUUUUGCAGUGCCUGGAGGCCCUGAGCAGGCACCGAAUCAUCCACUGUGACCUCAAGCCGGAGAACAUCCUGCUCAAACAGCAGGGUCGCAGCGGCAUCAAGGUGAUUGACUUUGGCUCCAGCUGUUUUGAACACCAGCGGGUGUACACCUACAUCCAGUCUCGUUUCUAUCGAGCUCCAGAGGUGAUCCUUGGUUCCCGUUACGGCCUUCCUAUCGAUAUGUGGAGCUUCGGCUGCAUACUGGCCGAGCUGCUGACUGGCUACCCCAUGUUCCCCGGUGAGGACGAGGGUGACCAGCUGGCCUGUGUCAUGGAGCUGCUGGGCAUGCCUCCGCAGAAGGUCCUGGAGCAGGCCAAAAGGGCAAAGAACUUCAUCAACUCUAAGGGCCACCCUCGCUACUGCGGAGCCAACACCCUGCCCACCGGGGCCACUGUGCUGACAGGUUCUCGCUCCCGCCGCGGCAAGAUGAGAGGUCCCCCAGGUAGCAAGGAGUGGAGUGCUGCGCUCAAGGGCUGCGAGGACCCCACCUUUACUGACUUCAUAAAGAAGUGUUUGGACUGGGACCCCUCGUCUCGUCUCACCCCUAGCCAGGCCCUCAGACACCCUUGGCUGUAUCGGCGCCUACCUAAGCCCCUACCGGGGACCGACAAGAGCCAAGGGGCCACGGUGAAACGGCUCUCCGAGCAUCACAGCACCUCCUUCCCUUCUAUCCUGGCAAAAGGGGGGCCUGGCUUAGGCACCACGGCUGCCAACAACAAACUGAGGAGCAACAUGAUGGGAGAUUCAGGGGAGGGCAUACCUCUUCGCACGGUCCUACCUAAACUUGUCUCUUAGAGAGAGAGUCCUGUAUCUCCUCUCUUCCACGUCUUCCUCCUCUGCACUCCUCAGGAGGAGUCCGUACAGGAGUACAGGAGAAAGUGGAGACUAGGUUUUAAAACUCGUUUGGUUGUUCUUUUAUUUGUUUUCCUACUGAGAGGUGUCGACACCCCAGUUCCUGGUUUUUAAUAUUAGCUGAACAGAGUGUGUGAGAGAGAGCGAGACAAUAAAAGAAACACUCUAUAAAAAGUUUUUAUACAGAGGAUUUCCUUGAGCGGCUGUGGAGUUUCUGUAUACAGCCAUUGAUGAGGUUUGAUUUAGAAAAUGCUUAAUAAAAAUGUCCUCGUGUGAGUGGACAGCUUCGUAAAUGAGUAAAUGCUUUUAACCUCAAGUGAGUGGUGUGAUUAAGCAAAACAGACCCAAGCCCACCUGCACUGUCUCUUGCCUCACUUCACACUCUUUCCUAACACUCAAAGGGUGCCACCCUUUCUUAAAAGGGCUACAGAGAUUACUCUUAUCACAUUAGUUAGCAGCAAGCUAAGAUUUGUUCAGCCAACAUAAUUUAAUA